CCCGCACUGGGGCCUCAGCAGCCUGGGCCCGGAGCCGGCGGUGCCCCGCCCCUGGGCGCCAUGCUGCCGCCGGACCACGCCCUGGGCUCUGCCGCGCCCUCGCCGGGCGUGCUGGGCGCCUUCUCCGACGUGCUGGUCAGGUGCGAGGUGUCCCGUGUGCUGCUGCUACUGCUGCUGCAGCCCCCGCCCGCCAAGCUGCUGCCCGAGCAUGCCCGUACCCUGGAGAAGUACUCCUGGGAGGCUUUCGCAGGCCAUGGCCAGGACAGCACCAGCCAGCUUCCCGAAGAGCUGUUUUUGCUCCUUCAGUCCUUGGUCAUGGCUGCCCACGAAAAGGACACGGACGCCAUCAAGAUGCUGCAGGUGGAGAUGUGGCCGCUGUUGACUGCGGAGCAGAACCACCUCCUUCACCUUGUUCUGCAAGAAACCGUCUCCCCUUCGGGACAGGGAGUCUGAAUUCACCUGAACAGUCUUUUCUCCUGUU